GACCCCGCCAGCCGCCUCGGGCGCUGCCGAGUGCUGCCGCGCACGCCGUCGUAAAGCCCGCGGGGCGCGCGAGGCCGCGCGUGCGCAGAGAGCGCCUGCCGUAAAGCGCGGCAGGAAAGAUGGCGGCGCGGCGGGCGGGUUGUGCCUGGGCGUGGGGCCUCCUCAGCUGGGCGCGCCCGGAGAGGUUGUUAGCGUCUGGUAGUGUUUUCCCUCUGUCAUGCAUCCACACAAGCGCACCUCUGGAGAAACUUGGGAAGUGGGAGAGAAAGAACAGGAUUGUUUACCCUCCACAGCUGCCUGGAGAACCUCGUAGACCAGCUGAAAUAUAUCACUGUCGUCGGGAAAUAAAAUACAGCAAGGAUAAGAUGUGGUAUUUGGCAAAACUGAUAAAAGGAAUGUCCAUUGACCAGGCUCUAGCUCAGUUGGAAUUCAAUGAUAAAAAGGGAGCAAAGGUGAUCAAAGAGGUUCUGUUAGAAGCUCAGGAAAUGGCAGUAAGAAAUCAUAAUGUGGAAUUCAAGUCGAAUUUAUAUAUAGCUGAGUCGCUGACAGGCAGAGGCCAGUAUGUGAAGCAGAUCCGUUACCAUGGCAAAGGCAUGUUUGGCAUCAUGAAAAUCGUCAGGUGCCAUUACUUUGUGAAGUUGGUGGAAGGUCCUCCUCCUCCUCCAGAGCCACUAAAGACUGGUUUUGACCAAGCAAAGGAAUAUGUGCAGCAGCUGCGAAAUAGAACCAUUACCCACACUCUAUGACAAACUCUUGUGACAUUAUGGGUAUUUCUCCUUUGACAACGUGGUUAUAUAAAAGAAUAAUUAAAGUCAUGUUUUAGUUUUGUUUUUGGUGCUGCUGGAACUGGAUGAUGCAAGAAUGAUCAUAAGCCUUUUUUCUUGUUCAGCCAUAAGUGUGGGGAAAAAAUCUUGGAAAAGCAGCAACAGAUGUUGCUUUUUUGAGUUACCACUGUAUUAAACAGUAUUAAAUACUCUGUCCCAGACUACCAAAUCUAGAACACACAGUGCAGUUACAAGGCUUAUGGAAAACUUUGAUUGUUCUCAAAUUCAUGCAGUUAGGUUUCAUUGGGUCAUGCAAACAUGUUCUUGACAGUCAUGUCAAGAUAGAGACUGAUCAAUAAAACUUCUAUAAUUUGGCAUCUUAAACUAGUUACAAUGGUACAACAAAAUUAGCAACAGAGUCUUAGCUGAGAUUAGCAGGCAAUCAGUUUAUGGUUUGUUUAUUUGGGCCAUAAUUUUUUUCCUUAUUUCCUCUGUUGUGCUUCUUAGACAUUGUAUCUGCAGGUGGGGAAGGAAGAGCUUGUUUUAAGUUCAGGUUUUGACAGUCAGUAGAUGGCAUUGUUUAGUUUGUUGGAGAGGAAAAUGGCAGUGAAAACUUACAGCACUUUGAACCACCCCUUCCCUUCCUGAUCUUUGCUAUGGCAUUAAUAGUCUGCUACAUGCAUGGAGUUCAGGCUGGUUUCUGGAAGCGCAGUAUGGAUAACGGGUAUAAUAUGGAGAAAAGCUUAUCCUGGUGAAGAGUGAACUAAUUAUUCUGUACUGUUUUGGAACAAAUUGGUUUUGUAAUGUUGAGGCAAGUAAAAUGCUCCAUGGAUUUGGUGGGUAAUGUCUUGUUGCAUAUACAAACCAUGGGCUUAUGCUUCUCUAAAAACCAAUCCAUUUUUAUCAUGACUUCUCUAAAGAGAAAAAGACUAAGGUCAAUAGGGGAAAUCCUUUUUCAACCAGUCAAGUUUUCAAGCCAGAUUCUGGAGACCCUGAACAUCAGCAUGGAAAGAGAAUGAGUGGUUGGUUGCUUUUUUUAACGCAAAUGUCUGGUAUUUAGACCUUUCUUUUCACUUCUGCAAGCAUUAGAAUGGGGGAUAGAUUGUUUCCUUCACUUGGGUCUUUUACCACACCUAUUUAUUAAUGGUAGCUUCUCUUACACGGGCUUACUUUGGCCAGUACUUCAGUGAUGGUAAAGGGACAAUUCCUUUAAGGAAACUGAUUGUCUGUGCUUGCCUAAUGAAGGUGGCAUACAGCUGGGAUUUUUUGCUACCAAAGGAAGGGUUUCAUGAUCUUAUGCAGUGUUAGGGGAUGAUCAGGUUAUGUAAGAAGUAUACGUGUAGCUCAGUACCAUCAGUGGAUGCUUAUUUGCACUGUUUUUUCCAGUGCACUUACGGAAACAUUACUUGCAUUAAUACCAAGAUUCAGUAACUUUUCUCUGAAAGGUAUGUUCCUAAUAAAUCUCUACCAUCUCUGUA